AUGGGUAAUAUGGCAACAGAGAUUGUUGCCUUCCUUCUCACCAUAUCCGGAUGGAUUCUGAUCUCCUCUACGCUCCCAACUGACUACUGGAAAGUGUCGUCAGUGGACGGGACAGUCAUCACCACAGCAACUUUUUGGUCCAAUCUCUGGAAGACGUGCGUUACGGAUUCAACCGGAGUCUCCAACUGCAAGGACUUUCCUUCUAUGCUUGCACUGGAUGCUUAUAUCCAGGUGUGUCGUGGACUGAUGAUCUCAGCUGUGUGUUUGGGAUUUUUUGGAGCUAUCCUGGCACUAGUGGGCAUGAAGUGCACUAAAAUAGGGGGAUCAGAGACCACCAAAGCCAGGAUGCAUUUGCAAUUCCUGCUUCUGCGAUUGACAGUGUCCUGUAAUCAUAUACCCGUCCUCUCUCCAGGAAUCUGCUCUAUGACCGCCUGCUCUCUCUAUGCACACCGGAUAACAUCAGAAUUCUUUGACCCCUUAUUUGUGAAACAGAAAUUUGAACUUGGCGUGGCACUCUUCAUUGGCUGGGCAGGAUCUGUUCUCAGCAUUCUUGAAUUACAAGUGAAGGCCAACAAGCACAAGGCUGCUUUUAUCAUUCGAGGCAUUGAGGAGACUGCACAGAGGUAA